AGCCACCUCUCCCCACAGCGCAGCUUUCGGUUCUGUCGCAUCCAUCACCCCUGUAGACCCAAGAUGACACGAGAAGGGUUUCUGCUGUUCCAGGCAGCCAUUGCGACCUCCAUUUGUAAUCUUACCUCGGACAGCCGCGAUCGGUUUGCCACUGAAAAGCGAACAGAGGGAUGGACCGAGGUAUGGGGAGACGGUACUGCAGGAGCAGGGGCUGAAGACUGCUGGGACGAAGAGGUGGAUGCUGUCGCAAGAUUGUCGCCUCGAACCAAUUCCAUGUUCCCAGAGAUUUCUCUGACUCUGGUUCAAUAUCGUCCGGCAUGGGUGGAACAGUUGGUUCUGCGAAUGGCAGGAAUCCCUCAUGUCGUAGUGAAUUCUUCUUACGCCUCCUACGAAUCGACAGGGCCAUUACCAGCACUGCAAGAUUAUAGUGAUAUCAAGGCUCCUGUUUUGUUGGGGCGACGACAGCCAGGUUGGUUCAACUCUGAAGAGGUUGGAGGAGGUGGACAAAGACCUGAAAAUGUCAUUCUAGAAUAUCUCAAAACUACUCGAGGCGUGGAUUUGGAUACACAUCUAGUCGAUCCAGGCAAUGAUGCCCUCACAAAGCAGCGACAAACCACAUCCACUUUGCUUCGUCUGCUUUUGACGACCAAAUUGCAAAAAUCUUUGACAGUACUACGUUACCAAGACGGCGAUUCCUGGUCGCAGGUGUAUCGAAAGCAGUGUUUUGAUGCCAGCCGGAAUCAUGGCACGCAGGAUAAUCCUACCAGUAGUAUUAUUCCAACCGCAAGGGGGGUGUAUCAAGCCUGGAGUGAGCGAGUCAUGGCGCAAAAGACACUGAUGGGGUGCUUGGAUGGGGCAUCUGUGGAAAAGGCCAAGCAAGAAGCUCGAGAUGCCUAUGGAAUUCUGGAACAACAAUUAUCACGACGAGAAGACAGCAGCCAAUACAUCUUGGGCACCCAGCAGCCAGCCUUGAUAGAUGCCCUUGUCUGGGCCCAUCUUGCUGAAGCCCUCUGCGACGUGAACCUGGUUGUGAUUCUGGCCGACUUUCCUGUGUUGAUCCAGUACUUUCAAUUUGUUCACAAGACCUACUUUGCAGUAUCAUCCUCCGACGACACCAACUCUUGGCAAGUUUGGAACAAGCACCAGAACGGUAUCAAUUGCUUCCAGCAAGUUCCCUUGGAUUCGGACGAUGACAAGCAGCAGCCAGAAGACGUCAAGAACCUCAAGAAUGCCUUGGAGCUCAUGCAGACGCUCUCGGCCAAAGACCAUGAUUUGCUCAACGUGCUGCAAAAGGGAAAAGAAGCGAGAGCUCAAGAACUCAUGGCGAACCAAAGAAAGGUAGAGCACAAGAACCAGUCUGAAUCUACUCAUGCAGAAGAUGCCGAGAGUAAGGUAAAGCCGGAACUGACGGCCACGCAAAAAGCUCGGCUACAGCAGCAGCGCUCAGACCAGUAUUGGCUGAGUAUCGUGGCCCUCGCGGCGAUUGCUGGCGGGUUGUCCAUGUUGGCUGGUGCCGAGAGCGAGUGAGGGCUUCAUGUUAGCGUGCUGCGACUGACUAAUGCAAUGGACCAAUAUACCUAUUCCAUUAGUUGUUAGUGCCAAAAUAUAACACACAUCUAUUGUUUGUCAUGUGGUGAGCUCAUGCCAAGCCCAUUCGCUUCAAUGCUCCAUAUAGCUUGUGUUCAUUAUCCCGUCGCUUGUAAACCUUUGUCAGUUUUGUGCUCUUGUUCUUGCCGUCGGUGGCCACCAACUUUCCCUUGUAGUCAAACUCGCCCUUGAGCGGUGACCGGGGUUCUAGAAUAUUCUUAAAGGGGCUUUCCUCGCUGACUCUUUGUGGUGGCUUGCCCAGGUAAAAGAGCGCUCGCUUGGCAACGGGUGUUGUCUUGGUCAACGCCUCUUCUUCUUCUGUGAGCUGACUCUGUGAGACAAAGGUGUUCAUCAAUUCUCGGUCGGCAUCCGUCAGACCUGUCAAGUGUUUCUUGACAAAGGCUUCGUCGCAUUCAAAUGCACUCGAACCCAUCAUGCCCUUGACGUUGAAAGCAUUCAUGACCUUGUCCAAUCCUUCGUCUCCACCACGAAGUCGCAGGACCAAAUGGAGCGUGGCGUCAUCUCCCACAUUGUAAUCAUCCAGAGUCUUGCCAUCUUGAAGUUGCUGUCCCCCAAAGAUUAUUCUUUGUUGCUCGGGUGGGAUGCCCUCCUUUUCCGAGAUCUUGGCCUUGACGUCUUCGAUCGAUUCACCUUCUUCCACUUCAAUGGAAACAGUCUUGCCCGUCAAAGUCUUGACAAAGAGCUGCAUACCACCUCGGGGGACUGCCAAUACGGAUGACAACGAUGAGGAUGGUCGACCCCAUGCCGUUGCUCCGAACCGUCCAUGUGCUUCGACGGCGGAUCCGAGGCAAAGCAGAGCCAUGGAAACGAGGGCUUGUUGGAAUCUCAUGAUUGUGUGGAUUGUAGCGCUUGUUUGAAAGAGAGAUCAGGCAGACAGAGGGUUUGCGGGGCAGAAUAGCAGAUUAUGAUCUAGCUAGCUAGACAGAACAACAUCAAGCUUCUUGGGUCGGUCGACAGGUGGCAAUCAAUU